AUGUCUCCGUCAAAAAUCUUCGUCACGACUGCUACCGGCGUUCAAGGCGGAGGGGUCGUACGAAACUGUCUUCGUGAUGGACAUGUCGUCUAUGCUCUCGUACGAGAUCCCUCGUCCCAGGCUGCUAAAUCAUUAUCAGAUCUAGGUGCAAAGCUUGUCGAAGGAUCUUUAGACGAUGUAGAGUCUUUAAGUAGAGGAAUGCAAAAUGUGGAUGCCGCAUUUCUUAACCUUCCUGGAACCCGACCUCAAGGGGUGCCGUCCAACGUCGAGUACACGAAGAACUUCACCAAAGCCGCCCAAGCCGCCUCUGUACCCUGGGUUUUCUGCUCUACAGUCGUGAAAACGGGUCAACACGAGGAGAUCCCCGGAUGGGGUCCUGACAACCUUAUGUACAAUUAUUGGCUCGACAAACACGAGAUCGAGAAUAUCGUGCGGGGCUCCGGCUUUCAGCGCUGGACUAUUAUCAGGCCGGCCACAUUCAUGCAAAAUCUUACGCCGCCAUCCAGCCAAUACUGUUUCCCAGGUUUCGACGAGCGGAAGGUCUUAAGGACGGCCUACGAUCCCAAGGCGAAAGUAGGCUGGAUCGACGGCACAGACGUAGGAAAAGUAGUUGCAAAGGCCCUGUCGGACCCAGCGAAGUAUUUCGAUAAGGAGAUUGAUCUCGCAGCUGAGAAUUUGACGAUCGGGGAACUGGCAAAAGAGAUUGAAAAAGGUCUUGGGAAGCCGGUUACUCUCGAGCCUUAUACAGACGACGAAUGUGCGAAAAUGGGACCUAGCAUUCAACUUACGGCCCAGAAAUGGGCAAGCGAUGUACCUACUGGUCUUUCUGCCGAGACGGCCGCUACCGAAUUCGGGUUGACUUCAGUGAGGGAGUUUUUUGCGCGUGAUAGUCAGUCUUGA